GCCACCUGGUCAGAGGCAAACGAAGCCGGCAGAAUGCAGUGGCUUAAAAUGAAGUUCCGCUUUGUAAACGUAAUUUUACUAUUAAUAAGCUCAACAUGUGCCCAAUUAGGAGCCGACCCCAACGGAUAUCUCACCUACUGCCCCUGUAUGGGACGCUUUGGCAACCAGGCCGACCACUUUCUGGGAUCGUUGGCCUUUGCCAAGGCCCUAAAUCGCACUCUGAUCCUGCCGCCGUGGGUGGAGUACCGCAGGGGUGAGCUGCGAUCCCGACAGGUGCCAUUCAACACAUAUUUUGAGGUUGAGCCACUGAAGGAAUACCACCGCGUCAUUACCAUGGCGGAUUUCAUGUGGCACCUGGCCGACGACUUGUGGCCGGAGUCGGAGCGCGUUUCCUUCUGCUACAAGGAGCGCUUCAGCCUGCAGCAGGAGAAGAACGACCCAGAAAAGCCCAAUUGUCACGCCAAGGAUGGGAAUCCAUUUGGUCCGUUUUGGGACACUUUCCACAUUGAUUUUGUGAGGUCAGAGUUCUAUGCGCCACUGCAUUUUGAUGUCCACCACAGCAAUGAGGCUGCCAAGUGGCAGGCCAAGUAUCCGGCGGAGUCCUGGCCGGUACUCGCCUUCACCGGAGCUCCGGCUAGUUUUCCCGUACAGUUGGAAAAUUGCAAGUUGCAGCGAUAUAUGGAAUGGAGCCAGAGAUACAGGGACGCAUCCAAGGAUUUUAUCAAGGAGCAACUGCCACGUGGCGCAUUCCUUGGUAUUCACCUACGAAACGGCAUGGAUUGGGUGAGAGCUUGCGAGCACGUUAAAGAUAGCCAGCACCUGUUCGCCUCGCCGCAGUGUUUGGGCUAUAAAAAUGAGCGGGGAGGCCUAUAUCCUGAGCUAUGUAUGCCCUCUAAGGAUGCCAUUAUCCGCCAGCUGAAGAGGACUAUUAAGAGCGUCCGCCAAACCCAGCCGGACAAUGAGAUAAAGUCGGUUUUUGUGGCCUCCGACUCUAAUCACAUGAUUGGCGAACUUAGCACGGCGCUCAGCCGCAUGGGUAUUAGUGUACACAAGCUGCCGGAGGAUGAUCCCUAUUUGGAUUUGGCUAUUCUCGGUCAGUCGAACCACUUUAUCGGAAACUGCAUCUCUUCCUACUCGGCUUUUGUGAAAAGGGAGAGAGACUCACACGGUUUUCCCUCCUAUUUUUGGGGAUUUCCCAAGGAAAAGGACCGAAAGCAUUCCAAUGUGCACGAGGAGCUGUAAUUAAUGAGCAGGAAACUUUACUUAAAUACUCUAUCAGGACAAUUUCCGGUUUUCAUUUUAAUACGAAAGGUUUUCUAAAAAUUUAAACUAUUUCUCACUUCAUUUCACAAAACUUUGUCAGUAAUAGUGAUUAUUUGUACAUCACUUUUAAUUUUUUUCUAGUUCCUCGAUGUUUAAGCUUAAUGUUUCAAUUUACAAAAUAAUGUUUUUAAAGUGUUUUGGAAAACAAAAAAUUAACUUUUUGAAAGAAUUUAGUUAUUUAAAAUAAAAUGCUAUAAGCUUAACACUCCUAAAACAUAAUUCUCAUGAUCUUAGAAAGAUGAUUUUCAGAAAUACUAACAUUUAUUGUUUCAGCUUGAAAUCGUAAAAAAUUGUAUGAAAACCGUUAAAUGCCUUAAAAACACUUUAAGAUAGAUAUAAGCUAUAAAAGUAUUCCUCGCAUUUAUCGAGA